AUGCAACAGGCGUUUUUAGACGAGUACUAUUCUAUGGCAAAGACUGAUGAUGCUCGUGAUGAAAUUCGGUCUUUUCGCCAAUUAUCGGGAGAACCGUUGCAUGAAGCCUUUACCAGAUUUAGGGAAAUGAUGCGAAGAUGCCCUCAUCAUCAAAUCGAGAAGUGGGAGUUGGUUAAAUGCUUUGUACGGGGUCUAGAUGAUAACACAUGGAACCGACUUGAGUCAACUAGUAAUGGGACCCUUCUAAGCAACCAUGAGGACGAUGAUUGGGAGUUUUUGGAAAGAAUGAGCAAGCGUUCGAAAGAGAAGGAAUUGGCCGAUCGAGCCAAAAAGCAUCCCGUUUCCUGGUCACUUCCCGAUCUUGACUCUAAAGAUCGGAUUUCCACUUUAGAGCGGGAAAUGGCUCGCAUGAAAAAGAAGGAAGUGAACGCGGGGCAAUUUGCGGUGUGUGAAGAGUGUGGUGAUAUUGGACAUAGAGCGGAACAAUGUCCAACGGGGUCGAGUGAUUACGCUGGAGAAGUCAACCAAGUGUAUGGGGACCGAAAGCAAUAUAACAUGGACUCCAACACUUACCAUCCGGGCUUGAGGAAUCACCCCAACUUCCGGUAUGGCAAUGCUUCAAACCAAAUGAACCCUAAUUUCCAAUCAGGCGGUAACGGAAGCGGGUCGAACAAUCAAACCGGUGGUGACGACUUGAGUGCCAAGAUGGAUGCCUUGCUAAACAUGCAAAAAGAAUCUCAAAACAACAUAAAAGAGACUCACAAUGAUAUCAAAGAGAUGAAGAAGACAAACGAGAUUCGAGAUAAAGCACAUGAGGCAUUGGCGAAACAAGUGGGUCAACUAGCGGAAGAAGUGGCUCAGAUAAGAGGAAGCAUGGGGAAGCUUCCAAGUGACACCACGGAGAACCCGAAGCAUCAAGGUUUUAGCACAAGCAACGUGAGGGAUGCACGCGUUAGCGCGGUAAGUAUUCUUUUAAAUGAUGAAGUUUGUAGUGUUGAAAACAUUCCACCACCACAAUUCGUUGAUGGUGUAUUGGAAAAUAUAGGUGAGGAGCCGGAAUGUGAAAAUGAACACGAAACGAUUUCACAAAGUAAAAAUGAAAACGUAACUGAAAAUUCUUUUUGUGAAAAUUGUUUAAAUCAACUUAACCCGCUUAAUGCAUCGAAAAGUGAAGAACGGUGCCCACCGAAGGAUGAGGGGUGGGAAAAUUUUAAGCAAGCUAAAAUUAAUUUACCGUUACUAGAUGACAUUAAAAAGGUUCCGGCUCAUGUGGAAUGCUUAAAGGAGUUAAGCAUCGAAAAACGGCACAACAAAUUACCCAAACCGGUUGAUUUGAUAUCUCAUGUGAGUGCCGUUUUAUCGAGUGCCCUUCCCCCAAAAGCUCAAGAUCCGGGAGAUCCUCUUAUUCCAAUUCAAAUUGGAACAUUUAAAAUUGAGAGGGCGCUCCUAGAUCUUGGAGCUUGUGUGAGCAUCUUGCCCGGGAGUUUGUAUGACCAAUAUGAUUUUGGUCAAUUAAAAAAUUUUGAUACUCCCGUGGUAUUGGCCGAUCAGACUCCCACGUAUCCAAGGGGGAUGGUGGAGGAUGUGAUUGUUAAGGUGGAUGAUUGCUACUACCCAGUUGACUUUUUGGUAGUAGACUAUGUUGGGUGUGUUGGGGACACCCAACCGAUAGUCAUACUGGGUAGGCCGUUCCUGGCAACUGCUAAUGCCAUAAUAAAUUGUGCAACGGGAACAGUAAGCAUGAAGUUUGGGGACCGGGAAUUAAAAUUAAAUGUUUUUCCAAAAUUUACUAACCCACUCGGUGAGGAUAAGUGUCCUAAAAAGGAUAUGAAUCCAAACAAAAAGGUUUGUGCUAUGGUUGGUAGGUUUGGAGAAACAAAGAAGAAGACAGUCAAGAAGAAGAAAGCAAAGAAGUCGACUCUAGAAAAGAAAAAGGAAGAGGAGGUGAGGAAGUUUGGACCGUUUGGCAACAAAUGGUACGAAUCACCGGUGGGUGAUUUUGAGGAGCUCGUGGACGGCAAGCACGCCAUUCGACCACCAUGA